AUGGCGUAUAAUAGUCGGGGAUACCGGGCAGUACGGGCUCCAGAGGUGACUUUACGAUGUGGAUAUCGUGUCAAGGUACCCAGACUUGCUACAGACGAGCUGCAUAAUUCUCGAGGAUCCUCGGAUGAAUUAUCAAGUCCCGAUUCAAUCCUGUACCAUUCGAUCAUUUAUACGCGACCCGAGAUGGCUUAUCUCCAGCACAAUAUAAUACCGCCCUACACCACGAAAAUAGGUUCUGAGGAACACAAAUUCUUGACAAAAAUCACCGAAAAAAUUCCUGAAGUUAUACAGCUAGAAAACGAGAUUGAAAUUGAACCAUUUUCGGCGGAAAUUCUUUACCAAUCAUCGAAUGAUUAUAGUUAUAGCAAUGCCAAUGACUGGAAAAAUGAAUUUCCCGAAUGUGGUGGUAUGGAGCAAUCACCUCUUGAUGUCGGAGAAAAUUAUGAUAUUGAGGACAAACUUAUGAAAAUAAUUUACGAAUGGGCUGAUGGCGAAGAGAAGAUACCUAAAGUUCAUGGUAAUGCACUCGAUAGUGAUUUUAUUUUGCAUUCCAUACAAUUUCGUUGGGGUUCCGAUCUCAAAUCUGGAAGCGAACAUCGUCUUAGAGACAAGAGUUUUCCAAUGGAAGUCCAACUCGUUCAUGUCGACUUUGAAUUUGAUAGCUUUGAGGACGCCCUGGAAUAUGGAAGAGGAAUAAUGAUUCAUUCUUCAUUUUUUAAAAUAGGUACGGAGGAACACAAAUUCCUGACAAAAAUCACCGAAAAAAUUCCUGAAGUUAUAGAGCCAGGAACCGAGACCGAAAUUGAACCAUUUUCAGUAAGAAUUCUUUACCAAUCAUCUGAUGCUGUGAAUUUUUUAAUUUACCACGGAUCGUUGACACAUCCGCCAUGCACCGAAUCUGUCAUGUGGAUGAUAUCUGACAAAAUAUUUCCCGCUACUGAGGAACAACUACAACUGUUUCAUACAUUAAAACUUUUGAAUGACGACGAUCACAAUAAUCGACCGCUUCAACAACGUAAUAAUCGCAGAACUCGACUCACUGUUCAAGAUUAUAGUUACAAAAAUGCCGGUGAAUGGAAGAAUGAAAAUCCACAAUGUGGAGGUUCACAGCAAUCGCCUCUUGAUGUUGACCGUGAUGAGAUUGAGAACUCUAGUGGUGAAUCUAGUGCAAUAAAAUUUAAACAUAUUUUCUCUACUGUACCUGAGAGAUUGAUUUUAAAGAAUGACGGCCACACAUUAAAAUUUAUAUUUAAAUGGGCUGAUGGUGAAAAAAAAAUACCUUACGUAAGUGGUUCAUCACUCGAACAUAAAUACCUGAUACAUUCAUUUCAAUUUCGUUGGAGCUCUGAUGUGAAUUCUGGAAGUGAACAUCAAAUUUCCGGUAAAAGUUAUCCAAUAGAAAUGCAAUCCGUUCACUAUAACGAUGAAUAUGAUAAUUAUGAAGAUGCAGAAAAUACCGAAAAAGGAAUAUUGAUUUAUUCUUUAUUUUAUGAAGUAGGAUCCGAAGAAUUCGAAUUCUUAACAAAGAUCAUCGAUAAAUUUCCGGAAGUCACAGAGCCAGGAACCGCUACCGAAAUUGAACCCUUCGCAAUGGGAGAUGUUUUUGAUGACGAUAAUUCCGCGAAUUUUUUCGUUUACCAAGGAUCUCUGACACAUCCACCAUGCUAUGAGUCAGUUAUUUGGGUUGUAUCUGAUAGAAUUAUUCCAGCUACUUUGGAACAACUGCUUGCGUUUCAAAAAUUAAAUCUCCUCAAUAAUGAUGAUCACAACAAUAGACCUUUACAAGAAAUAAAUGAUCGCAAAUUUGAAUUGGUUGUCAAAGGCAUGAAAUAA